AUGCGUCCGCGUUACACUGCGUUUACGGUUGGGCUUGGAUCUUUGACGCGGCUCCACCACCGCAGAUUCUUGACUGCACCAAACCCAAGUGAGGACUUUGAUUUCAUCCUCUACGUGGCCAAUAAGACUAAAUCAAUCAACAAGGCACUAAACGACUUUGUUCCACUCUGUACUCACCCAUUACUACACAAGAUCCGCGAGGCAAUGAGAUACUCGCUGCUCUCUAACGGCAAACGUGUCAGGCCAGUGCUCUGCCUCGCAGCCUGCGAGCUCGUUGGUGGCCGCGAGUCGGUCGCUAUGCCCACGGCGUGUGCGGUUGAGAUGAUCCACGCGUCCUCUCUCAUCCAAGACGAUCUCCCUUGUAUGGAUGAUGACAACUUUCGCCGCGGAAAACCAACAAACCAUAAAGUGUUUGGCGAGAAUAUAGCCGUCUUAGCCGCCGAUGCGCUCAUAGCUUUGGCCGUCAAGGAGACGGCGACGCCAGUCUCCUCGGGCGUUCCUCCAGAGAGGCAUCUCAGAGCCAUUCUGGAGUUGGCGAGAGCUGUUGGGACCGAAGGGCUCGUUGGGGGUCAAGCGGCGGAUUUGGCUGGAGAAGGGAUAAGCUUUGAAAAUGGCAUCGGUUUAGAUCACCUUGAGUUUAUUCACAUUCAUAAAACAGCGGUGUUGCUUGAAGCUGCGGUGGUUACAGGAGCCAUAAUAGGAGGUGGGACUGAUGAAGAGAUCGAGAGGCUUAGGAGAUACGCGAGAUGUGUUGGGUUGAUGUUUCAGGUUGUGGAUGAUGUGCUUGAUGUGACCAAGUCGUCGGAGGAGCUUGGGAAAACAGCCGGAAAAGAUUUGAUCGCCGGAAAACUGACAUAUCCAAAGGUGAUGGGAGUGGAGAAGUCUAGGGAAUAUGCAAAGAGCUUAAAUAAAGAAGCACGGGGAUAUCUUCACGGGUUUGAGUCAGACAAGGUGGCUCCAUUAUUGUUCUUCGCUGACUACAUCGUCAACAGACAAAACUGA